UUGGCAGAGAGGGGUGGAGGACACUGAAUGGAGGCCAGUGGAGGGAUUGGCAGAGAGGGGUGGAGGACACUGAAUGGAGGCCAAUGGAGGGAUUGGCAGAGAGGGGUGGAGGACACUGAAUGGAGGCCAGUGGAGGGAUUGGCAGAGAGGAGGUGGAGGACAAUGAAUAGGACCAGGGGAGGGAUUGGCAGAGAGGGGUGGAGGACACUGAGUGGAGGCCAAUGGAGGGAUUGGCAGAGAGGGGUGGAGGACACUGAAUGAGUGGAGGGAUUGGCAGAGAGGGGUGGAGGACACUGAAUAGUGCCAGGGGAGGGAUUGGCAGAGAGGGGUGGAGGACACUGAGUGGAGGCCAGUGGAGGGAUUGGCAGAGAGGGUGGAGGACAAUGAGUGGAGGCCAGUGGAGGGAUUGGCAGAGAGGGUGGAGGACACUGAAGGGGUGGAGGCACUGGAGGGAUUGGCAGAGAGGGGGUGGAGGACAUUGAAUGGAGGUGGAGGAAUUGGCAGAGAGGGGUGGAGGACACUGAGUGGAGGUUGGGAAUUGGCAGAGAGGGAUGGAGGCCACUGAGGGAGGUCAGUGG